AUGCGACCCCCACACCAAGCCAUCGAUCACCAUCACAGCCUAAUACGAGGGAAAAGCUCAGCUGAACGUCCAUCCAAGGAUUCCGCCAUCAAAAUCAACAAUCUACCCCUGUUAGAAUCAGUACCAACAGACCAGCAACCCUUGUUAAGACAAGACUCAACACCGUCAAUAUCUACACAAUCAACCCAAUCAAUUCAAUCGCUGUCAUCACAUUCAACCCAAUUAUCUAUAUUCCCAUCCCCCAAUCUCCCCUUCUUAGACAAAUAUGGCCGAUACCGCCAGAUGGUCCACUAUGGCACGAACAGCACAACCCGUCUCCACGAAAGCAAACCAACCAAAACAAGCAACCCUCACCUCGACAACCAACUCGUCGCCAUAAAAGUCUACCGACGCUCCAUCCUAAGAGGUCCCCCCAGCUCAUCCCACUCAACAUCCCUUCAUCCAAACCACCCAAACAUCCUCCCAAUCCUAGACAUCCUCCACAACGAACGCGACGAGCUCUGUCUGGUAAUGCCCUACUGCGCCGGUGGAGACCUAAACACUCUCCUAACCCGAAAAGGCGCCCUCCCAAUCCAAGAAGCAGACUGUAUCAUAGCCCAGAUCCUGCGCGCCCUGGCCUUCCUACACGACUAUGGCUUGGCACAUCGCGACGUCCGUCUAGAAACUGUUCUGCUCACUGCCAAUGGAGCAGUGAAGCUGGCUGGGUUUGGUGAUGGCCAUAUUCAGCGGAUUUGGGAGGAGUCGGGAGGUGGAAGGCUUCCUUCGAGACCACAGAUAUCCACACAUAGUGCAUGGUCGUUCACGCUACCGUGGCCGUUGAAUUCAUUACGUCGUCAGAAUUCUGACUCUGAGUCUUCUUCUUCUAACAAUGGUAGUAAGCAUGUUAUUGCAAACUCGCCUACCGCUUCGUUUGUCGGUAUGAGGCUUCCGUAUAUUCCUCCGGAAGAAUUCAAACUUCAUUUUCAAUCGCAUAUGCAUCGUGAUGAUAAACAUGGCAGUCUUGAUGAGUGUGAUUCUCGUCCUGCGGAUGUAUGGGCCACUGCGAUGGUUUACAUGGCACUUGUCACAGACAAGAUCUUGUGGCGCAGUGCACGUCCCAAUCAGGAGGAUGCGCGGUAUUUGGAUUACCUUGAUGCUCGGCGCAGCGAGCAUGGAUACCCACCAAUCGAGACUCUGGGACAGAGACGAGGAAAUGCUAUCUAUGCGAUGUUGCACCCCUAUUCUUGGAAGCGUAUCACAGCCACGACGUUGCUGCGAUCAGAAUGGAUAAAUGGUGUGGCCAUUUGCGACGCGGGAGAGAAUGGAUAUUGA